AGGAAGAAAGGAAGAGGCCGAGAGCUACACACAGUUAGCCAGCCCAGACUCAGAGAUGUCACCUUUUUCUGUCAUUACAGCCCGCUUGUGUGAAUAAGUCCAACCUGCGGCCACAGAAGCGCCGCAUACUGUGGCUUUUUGCUCCGAGGCGGACGAUCAAGAAGGUAACGGGCAUGUUUUCCUCAGAACAAAGCUAGCUGGCUCAGCAUCACAUGAAAGGUGGUGGAAGUGGAGCUUGACCCAUCCAACUGAGUCACCAUUUCCCUGCACAUAAUGGGUUUGAUGUCACAUCUGUCUGCAUGACUUGCGUUGUGUGGCCUGAUGGGAGGACAUUGUGGAUAGUACUUUCAUUGGGACACCAGGAGAGCCAUCCCAUGCCCCCGCUUCGGAGGGCCUGUCAGAAUGAAGAAGAUAAGCCUUAAGACCAUCCGUAAGUCCCUCAGCAUAAAGGGCAAGGAGGAGGGUGACUUCGUCAUGCUCCAGCAGCCCUCGGUGACGGCAGAGUUUUCUAAGGACGAGUCACUUUUUGGGGGCUGCUACACCAAAGAGCUUUCUGCCUGUGACCUCGCUGGAGAAGAGGACAAGGGGGACCAGAACAAGGGCCGUUCAAAAAGUGAGGGCAUUAUGGGAUCGCUAAAGAGGAGACUGUCUGCCAACAAGCAGAAGGCCAAAGUGAAAGGCGGCUCCUCGGCCAUCGGCUCGGUGGAUGACGACGACACCUUCUCCUCCUCUUCGGUGCCUAUCAGCUUCAAUGAGGUGAAAGCCCAGAGACCCCUCCGAUCUGCAUCCUUACGGAGUCACCACUACAGCCCCUCCCCGUGGCCUCUGCGGUCAGUCAACUCGGACGAGGCGUGCAUCAAGAUGGAGGUAAAAGUUAAAGCCAUGGUUCACUCUUCGAGCCCAAGUCCGAACCUAAACGGUGUCCGGAAGGAAUUUCACGAUUUCCAGAUGGAAGGGCUCUUUCAGGACCAAGCAGAGUCCUUAAAAAAUCUCCAGCAGCCCCAAAACGGCGAGCUGCAUCUAAAUAUUGAUGAUAAUGACGUGCCUGUGGUGCUGGGGUUGACGCCCCAGGACUACAUCCAGUACACAAUGCCUUUAGAUGAGGGAAUGUACCCAGAAGGGUCUCACUCCUUCUGCCUGGACAGCUCCUCUCCUAUGGAGGUGGUGACGGAGGCCGACAGUGCAUCCCUCCACACAGACCAGGGACAGGAGGAUCACGAACUGGUCAGUGGCCUGCCUCCAGAUCUCUUUAUGGAAACCUCAGUUAGUAGUAUUCUUCUCGGUUCUGCUGGCGUGAUGCUGCAAAGCUCCAGAGUGGAGGUCCCGCCCCCCCUCUCUCCACUCCUGCCACCGUCGACGAGCAGCGGCCGUAUUCCCAGGACUUUCUCGGGCUUCAGCUCUGCGGACAGCCAGGUAGCCGAGCGGGUCCGGCACCAUCUCAACUUCGACCCAAACUCGGCUCCCGGGGUGAGUCGGGUGUACGACUCGGUCCAGAGCAGCGGGCCCAUGGUGGUGACCAGCCUGACCGAGGAGCUGAAGAAGCUGGCGAGGCAGGGCUGGUACUGGGGCCCCAUCACGCGCUGGGAGGCGGAGGAGAAGCUGGUCAACCUGGCCGACGGCUCCUUUCUGGUUAGAGACAGCUCAGACGACAGGUACCUGCUCAGCCUGAGUUUCAGGUCACAGGGCAAAACCCUCCACACCCGCAUCGAGCACUCCAACGGACGCUUCAGCUUCUACGAACAGCCCGACGUGGAGGGACACACGUCCAUCGUCGACCUAAUCGAACACUCUAUUAAGGACUCGGAGAAUGGAGCUUUUUGCUAUUCCAGGUCUCGCUUACCAGGGUCUGCAACCUACCCUGUCAGACUAACUAACCCGGUGUCUCGGUUUAUGCAAGUGCGCUCCCUGCAGUACCUUUGCCGCUUUGUCAUUAGGCAAUACACAAGGAUAGACCUGAUCCAAAAACUGCCCUUACCCAACAAAAUGAAAGAUUACCUGCAGGAGAAGCACUACUGAGGACACAGACAGGACAGCGGUAGCAAUUUGCACUUUUGUGUUCAGUUAAGAGAUUUAAACAAGGUUUACAGACAACCACAGUUUUGAGAUGGUCGGUUCACGUGGCUCUUUGGUUUGUGUCCAGGUGAUCCUGUCACUGUUCAGUCCUCCAUUCCACUGUUCUGGGGUGUUUCGCUGGUUUUAGGGAGCUCUACUUCCAGAAAUAUCAACCGCCACAUAAUCUUAUCCAGAAUUCAAAGCUAUACAGCCAAGUGAUGUUAAGAGUGCUGACAAACGGCACUUGUGAUGUGUGGUUGCAAAUGCUAUACAGCUAGAGCGGAUUACAUUUAGAUUCAUAUUAAAGUUGAGCCUGUGGGAAAGUUAUCUCUCUGAUAUUGAGAAUUCAUUGCAUUUAAUCCACUUAAUUGUACAUGUCAGACGAUCUGAAGAUGGAUGUUGCUACGUCAGAUUUUAGGAUCUCUGCAGACUGGCCCAUUUCGAUCCUUUUUUUUUUCUUUUUUGUUUCUUUCAGCCUGAUCGGACACCUAACUUUAUUCCGCACCCACAAUUGAAUGUAUAACUUCAUUGCAUUGAUGAUCCAUGAAUUGCAGAUUUUUUUAAUCGAAUGAAUUACAGAGGCAGUGUCUAAACCAAUCAGGAGAUUCCUCUGUUGACAUGUAGUGAAACUUUUCUGCAUCAGGAUGAAUGUUUUUAACAAACUACAGUUUUCCAACCGCGAGCAAAAGAUCCCAGGUCAGUCAUUUUAAAAUCAUCAUUAAUAACAUUGUUUAAUCACUGAAGGAUCCAGAUGUGCCAGUCUGUCAGAAAUCACACAGUUAGGACACAGAAGUAGCUUUAAAUUCUACGGCUGCAUGUAGCCAUUUUACAGACUAAAGGUACUGAUAAUGCUGGAUUUUAAUGUUGUGCUGUUUGUAGAAAUGGCCUCAAGUUAAUGUAUAAACCUUUUUCAAACAAUGUUAAUAUAAAAAAAAAAAGUCAAUUUUUCUGCAUUAGGAAUGUUAAAUAAAUCUGCACCGCAGCUCAGGCCUAACAUCUUUGUCACUAUCUGUAACGCUUGUAUGUGCAUGUAGUAAAAAGGCUUUAAGAUGGUCGAGUUACUCCAAAGGAGAGAAGAUGUCACAGUUAAGAGGAUGAGACUGGAUGUGUUGUUAAAGCACGACUCUUGAGUAAAAAGGUUGUUAAAUGCACACUUACAUUAACUUAAAGUAGGUUCCACGCAAAAUAAAAUUGCCCCAAGUUACCCUGAAACAGGAAACUAAAUAGAUCUGCAGUCAAUUGACCUGAAUCUGUGUGCAGGAAUGGCUGUUUCUUCGUCUCCUAACGCCAGCAACGAGCUGGACUCGGAUCAGAGGAAUCCCAAAAAUGGUGCGAGCUCCGGUAAACGGAUUUGGGAGAGCCAAGGUUAAGUCCUUCUUGCCACGUUGGGAGCGAUGCCAGGGUUUCAGCGUGCGACAGAAGUUCAGUCACUGCUGCGCCGCAUCAUUAGUGUUCGAUGGGUUUUAGGAAGACGAUAAGAAAAUGAAAACAAAAUGUUUCCAUUUGCUUCGUCACACUGCCCCCCCCCUCACACACACACACACACACAGAUUAUCUCUCUACUGGGCUGUUUGUGCCGGAGUAAAGGGAAGAGCACACAGUAUGCUACGCAAGUGCUUUAUAUGGAUACUUGACAGGGAAUCGUGUUUCCACAUUAUGAAUGAGCAUCUUUUUUUUGACAUCAGUGUCCUUAUAAAAGUAUUCGGAGAAGUGGUCUCUCGGACAACUCUGGUAGGUCGUUAGCGCGUAGUUCUAGUUUUAGUUAGCUGGAAGCGUCGGUGUCUGAGGAAGUUACCAUGAAAUCUAGCACAGCAGAAAGUAGAUAGGAACUUUGAGUGGUCUUGCAUGUUUAAAGACUUUAGCAUUUUAAGGCUUUGAGUUGUAUAGGAAUGAAGGAUUUAGGUUGUGUGUUCGGCUGUGUAGAGAGAUGUCUUUUCUGUCACAAACAUUGGCUGGACAUUCUGUGUAGAAGAAAUGUUUUUUUUUUUUUUUUUCCUUUUAUGAAUCCUCGAGUUAUGUUUUGUUUCUUCCCUCUCGUUUUGUGACAUUUGCCAUCUGGGGGAUAGGACUGUACAGAAAGGAAUGUACGCUUGUUUGAGGUGUCCGUUUUAAUCCGCCUGCAGACCAGUUUCAGAAAGCAUGGGAAACACAAAAACUACAUUGUCACAUUAUUUGCACUUGAACAUUUCUCAUUUGACAUGCUUGGAUCCUCUCCUGCCAAGAGUGGUCCCUCAGAUGGUGUUGUUUUGUUUUGUUUUUUCCUCCCUUUGAAAAAAAAAAACCCAACAAAAGUCACAUGUUAGUCUGUACGUGAUCAUAUAACUGUUAAAGUGAACUUUUUGUCAUAUCUGUGGGAUACAAAGGGUAAAGGCACCAGCAUCAUUUCAAAGCCUAUGCUAUUGCUCAUCAAGGAAUGGGAUCACUGCAAGAAUGUGGAUGUAAAUUUAAUAUUUUCUUUUUGUGCGUGUAUGUGUUUCAGUUAAAAUGUGAAAGUACAAUGUUAGUCUCUUUUUUUUUUAAUACAAUGUUCUUUAAGUGUUUUUCCAUUUUAAUUUGCAAUUAUCACAUUUUUUGACAAGCAGGAGCCAGUUUCAUUUGGUAUGCUGCUGUGAUUUCUCUGAACAUUAGUUUAUUAUUAUUAUUAUUAAGCAUUCUUGCCUUCAAUGUCUGAUUCCAGAGGUUGAUGCUUGUUGGUUAAUGAGAGCUCUUCAGCACUUAACAAGCUACAACUGUUGGGUUUGUUUGUUUUUUUGUUUUAUUUUGUGCAUCUCGGUGAGUGAAGGUAAUUGUUUACAGCAUUUUGUUUGGACAUAUGACCCCCCCCAACCCCACCUUUUUUUUGUUUUUUGUUUUUUUGUUUACCCUCUCUCACAUGAACAUCUUGGUACAAUUGUUUAUAUUUCGUUUGAUGUGUUUCUACACAUUUGUGCUGCUUAUGGAUAUGAUUGCCUUUCUUGUAUUGAACAAUGGGGAAAUAGAAUGUCACCAAUGUAGACGUAUGUACACAUAAAAAAACAACACUUUGGUUAUCACCUCGGGAGAGCGGAGCAGAUUUGUUAACAGCUGUCGUCUGUUGGAAGAAGAGAAGCCGUAGCGAGUUAGUGAAUCCCUCUGUAGAGUCACCAGUUCACUCCAGUUUACAUUGGUUGUCAACUUUCCAAAGUAGAUGGUCUUUUUGUAUUUUUCUUUUGGAAAAAAAAAAAUCAACAGUGAUUUAUUGCACAUUUUGGAUACAGUUCAAGAG